AUGGCAGUUGAUCUUUGCUCAGAAAACUGUGGAGUUUCUUCCUCUUCUGUGAGUCCAAGAAUCUCAUUCUCACAUGACUUUUGCCAAUCUGAUGUCAUUCCUGUUGAGCAACUCCCUUUUAGAUCAAACUCUUCUGGUUUGAAUUCCAGCAUUGAUUUUGAUUUUUGUGUGAGUGAGAGCUUUGAGCUUGAGUCAUCAUCAGCUGAUGAGCUUUUCUCUCAUGGGAGGAUCCUUCCCACCGAGGUCAAGAGAAAGAAUAUUCCUAUGAAGCAAACUGGUCAAUUAGCACCAAAGUGUAAUACUCCAUUGCCUCCUCCUUAUUCUGGUUCACCUAACAGUGUCUCUACCAGUAAAAACUUGAAGAAAGAAAACUCCAAAGAAAGCAGGUGUUUGAAUGAUGAAGUGUAUGAGAAGCAAAGUUCCAAGUCCUUUUGGAUCUUCAAGAGAAGUAGCAGUUGUGGAAUUGGACAUAGAAGGAGCUUUUGUCCUUUGCCACUUUUAUCUAGAAGCAAUUCAACUGGGUCUUCAACCCCAAGUGUCAAAAGGAAUCCACUUUCAAAGGAGGGUGUUAACGUUAAGCCAAAUCCACAGAAACAUUCUUCCACACGGUUGACUCACUCCUACGUGCCAAAUGGUUAUUAUCAAAAGCCUCCAUUGAAUCACAAGAGUCCUGGAUACUAUGGUAGCAGUGUUAGAGUCAACCCUGUCCUGAAUGUUCCACCUGCAAACCUAUUUGGUUUGGCUUCAAUCUUCUCCAACAAUAAAGACAAGAGCAAGAGGCAGUCUUAG